AUGGCAACAAGAGGACGAGAGAGUGCACCUGGAAAUGAGAAAAAGGGAACGGCUUCACAUCAGGUUCAUGGGAACACCACACAGAAGAAUCGUCGUCUGAGCCUUUCCAGACCGAGGGAUCCUCCCGAUCCACCUGCAUCAGGAAAACAUAUUCCAAAUUAUCUCAAGCCGACUUUGAGUUCAAGUCCAGAUGUUUCUAAGCAACUCGUCAAGAAACAAGUUUCAAGCGACGCUUCUAAAAAGCUAAAUCUUACGAGAACAAAAUCCUUGGACAAGGCUGGAUCAUCAUCACCUUCUCGUACACCAAAACCACGCAAUUCACCUAAUCCCACACUACGAUCUUCAUCUUUUUCGGGUAAAACCACCAUAGCACAAAAAUCUGUUCCAGAUAAAUUGUUGAAAUCAACAAAGGAUGGUGGAAAACACCGGCCUUUGUAUGCUAGAUCUGGAAGUACUGUAAAGAAGAGCAGUACUAUUAGUAAGAAGCAAGACACUGAGGUUGGUGCAUCAACAAAGAAGGAACAAACCACCGACUCUCUUGAGAGAGUCAUAACUCCUGAUAUAUCUGAAGUUCCACAGCUUGAAACACUACAAGAAGAACAAUUUUCAUUUAUGGAAGCUGAAGAAGAGAAUAUAUAUGCUGGAAGCAAAAAUGAAAUGGGAUAUGGAGUUUUGGCGUUGGAAGAUAUGGAACCUGUAAGGCAAGUUCAACUGUUGGUGUUGGAAGAUAUGGAACCUUUAAGGCAAGUUCAACUGGAGAGCAGCAAGGAUGACGAGCUUGUUGAGUAUUCUACAGUUUCAGAACACCAGGAUGCCUCAGCUUAUGUUGAGAUGAAAGAACCUGACAAACACAAUGCAGAGGAGGAAAACGAGACUCAGAUGAAUGGAAGUGUCGCAGAUAUUCCCCAAGUCGAGGCUGAAGAGAAUGAAGGAGAAGGAGCAAAAGCGUUGGAUGAGAAAGAAAAGGUGAUCGUUGUUGGUGAAACAUUAGAUUCCAAGGGAACAAAAGAUCAAGCAGUAGCCAAGGAAGUGAAACAGGAGGCCGAAAAUGCAGCUCCGGAACAGCAAAGCACUCAAGGGAAGAAGAAUUCUGCGGUUUCUAAUGAUGUAAUCGAGGAGACUGCAAGCAAACUUCGUGAACAGAGAAGAAACAAGGUGAGAGCUCUAGCCGGGGCCUUUGAAACUGUCAUAUCCUUACAAGAGCCCAAGUGA